CCCAAUCUCUAGUAAACUCAUAAACCCAGAAAUUUUCUUAGGAAACAAACACACAAAAAAUAUAAAAAAUGUCGCUCAUUCCAAAUUUCUUCAACCGUCGAUCCAAUGUCUUCGAACCAUUCUUGCUCGACGUGUGGGACCCAUUCGAGGGCUUUCCACCACUCUCCUCUCACUCCAACUUCCCCUUCGAAACGUCGUCGUUCACCACUGCUAAAGUGGAUUGGAAGGAGAUCCUGAACGCGCAUGUGUUCAAAGCCGACGUGCUUGGGCUGAAGAAAGAGGAAGUGAAGGUGGAGAUUGAGGACGGUCGGGUUCUCCAAAUAAGUGGGAAGAGGAGUCAAGAGCAGGAAGAGAAGAGUGACACGUGGCACUGCGUGGAGCGGAGGAGCAGAAGGUUCUCGAGGAGGUUCAAGCUGCCAAAGAACGCGAAGGUCGAGGAAGUUAAGGCUGCUAUGGAGAAUGGUGUGCUCACUAUCAUUGUGCCCAAAGAGGAAGUCAUGAGGCCUGACGUUAGGCCCAUCCAAAUUUCAGGUUAG